GGCUGCCUACCUAGUGAACGUUGCAAGGAACAGUCUAGAACAACUAAGACCAUAUUUAUUCUUCCAACUGAUGCUGCAUAAUGCCUUCAAUCCGAUGCGCUAGUACCAAAUGAUACCGUUAGUCCACCGAAGUAAUAACACGCCCAAAUUUCAUAUCUUCCCUUUUCGAAUGAACCCUCUCAAGCCUUCUUCGCCUCCCUCUCAGCCUUUCUCAAAGCCCUCUUCCUGAUAUCCACAUGCAUAUUCUUAUUGAUAUUAACCACAAAAGCACUCCCAAGGCCCAAGGUAUUUUCAAUCCACCACUGCAUUAACGCAUGGCUCCAAACGGGCGUACUAGUAUAAGCCAUAUUCUGCGCCCCACCACUUCUGCCAAUCUUACCCAAAACCGCCUUGACAAACGCUCUAGGAUUAGGAAUCAUGGCACUAGUUCGUCGAACCUUGCUCAUAGCUGUGGUAACCAAAUAACUGAGGGCCAACUCGACAUCGACGCCUGUGCCUUUCAGUUCCCCAGCCAAGGACGUGGACCAUUGUUGCAAGAAUGCUUUGCUGCCGGAGUAGGUUGCUAGGAGGGGAGUGGGCAUCCAUCCACCGAAGGAGCCCAUGGUGAGGAUCAAUCCGCGUUUUCUCUGGACCAUGCCGGGUGCUACGAUUUGGGUGACGCGGAGGGUGGCAAUGCAGUUAAUCGCAAUGAUAUCGCGGAUCUCGUCUUUGGGCGUCUGGAUGAAAGGAACGGGGAUAGAAUGACUUUGUCCCACGUUAUUGAUCAGGAUCGCAACAUCUAGUCCAUCAACCAACGCCUUCAACUUGGCAUAAUCCCCAUCGUCAUUCUUCGAGAAAUCCAUAGGCAAGAUCUUGCAUUUGACAGAGGUGCCAACAUAUUUUUGUUCGAUUUCUUGGGCGAGAGUUUGCAGUUUCGAUUCAGUGCGAGAGACGAGGACAAGGUUGAAGCCUUUUUGAGCGAGUUGAAUGGCAUAUUCUUUGCCUAUUCCAUCCGAGGCUCCGGUGAUGACUGCCCAGGUUCCUUUCUUCCCGUAUGCUCGGAGCUGGGUGACGAGUUAGUUUUGUGGUGUGAUAUUUCACAUGCGGGUACUUACGUUCUUUCCAGGCAAGGCGAAAAGACUCAAUAGCAAGCGGACGUAUUUGAAUACCUUCCAACUGGCAGUAGCUAGCCCGAGAGUAGCCAGACCGAGUAGAAGGCCUUGGGGGACUUUGUCGAUCAAGGCGUUGAGAUCCAUGAUGGUUUCAAUUGCAGUUGAUGGCAAUUGAGGUUCGUGGAUGCUUACUGGAGAUUUGGAGAUUUGGUGGUUGACGCAAGUUGCAGGGGUGGAAUACUUGAGUAGAUCCGUUUAAAUUACGUACAGCAACCUGAAGCUCCUGGGCGGUUUAACAAUCAGGUACUGUACCUCCGACUUGAAAGUUUUCGCCAGAGACAGGGACAACCCAGGAAAACUCGAUGGUCUGGAAGACGAUUCUUUGAUAUUGUCCCCAGAGCCCAAUUGGUCACAUUACACCCCAGAAAAUCGUAUGAAUCAGCAACAAUCAACCACCACCUUCCCUGUACUCUCCAUCAAGGUGCCCACCUCCAUCUACCUCAACCUUGAAAACAUCCUACAACCAAAAGCUCACCACAACACCUCCACCAACCCCGAAAAUGUCCUCCCUCACCACCUCAAUCCUAACCUACCUCCCGCAACAUGAAGGCCUCCUCCCCAAAUGGCUCCUCUUCGUACGUCCCCCCAUCCCUCUCCAACCACAUCACUAACAACCCCAGGUCUCCAUAGUCUCAAUAGCAAACACAAUCCAAGCCUACUGCACCCUAACCUACUCCUCCCAAGUCUAUCUCGGUCCGGCCCCUCCAGCUUCCUCCACCUCUCCCAAAGAAGCAGCAGCCUACCCCGGAUCCCGCUCACCCGCAACACCCCUCUCCUCACGCACCUUCGGAACCUGGUGUGUCAUCCAGUCCGCGGUCAGGAUCUACGCUGCGUACUACAUCUCGAACCCGCAGAUCUACGAGUUGGCGAUCAUCACGUAUGCGGUCGCGUGGCUGCACUUUAUGAGUGAGUGGUGGGUGUUUGGGAGUGCGAGAUGGGGUAGGGGAUUGGCGGGGCCGGUGGUGGUUGCGAAUGGGAGUUUCGUGUGGAUGGUUGCUCAGUGGGGGUUUUAUGUUAAAUAG